AUGGCUAUCAGGAUGUGCUGUGUCUUCCGUACUGUGUCUACUGAGGCUGUACUGGUUAUUGCAGGAAUAGCACCAAUCAACCUUCAGGUGGAGGAAAGGACCAUGGGAAUAGGAGCAGAUAAAUGCGCAAAAACUGAGGCCAGACAAAAGACGCUGAACAGUUGGCAAAAUAGGUGGGAGGCCAUGCGUGAAGUGGUUCAGUGGAGUAAACGCCUCAUAGCAAACAUAUUACUGUGGAUUGACAGAAAACAUGGUUCUGACCACCUGGCUCAUCUACUCACUGGACAUGGUUGUUUUCAGGCCUACUUCUGCAGAUUUAAGCUGGAAAAAAAAACCUUAAACACCGCAAUACCUCUAUUGUGGGGAUUUUGA